AUGGCCAGCACCGUCACCACCCCGAGCCAAACCCCGCGCGCCGCCACCCCGAUCCCGGGCUCGGCCCUGUCCAAGACGUUCAGCACCACCCGCUUCGCCGACUUCGUCCAGCAAGGCCUCAUCUCGCAGGCCACCGCGCGCGGCAUCGCCCAGGGCGGCUACGAGUACUGCACCGAGGUCCAGGCCCAGACCCUCCCCGUCUGCUUGACCGGUGUCGACGUCCUCGCGCAGGCGCGCACGGGCACGGGCAAGACGCUCGCGUUCCUCAUCCCGUCGAUCGAGAACCUGCUGCGCGCACCGACCCAGCCGCCCAAGGGCGCCAUCUCGGUCCUCGUCCUGUCGCCGACGCGCGAGCUCGCGAUCCAGAUCGAGGAGAGCGCCAAGACGCUCCUGAGCGGCACCCAGUUCAAGGUGCAGCACGUCGUCGGCGGCACCAACAUGAACGCCGAGACCAAGCGGUUGAACAACGAGCGCUGCGACUUCCUCAUCGCGACGCCCGGCCGCCUCCUCGACCACCUCCAGAACGGCGGCCUCAAGCCCAAGCUGUCGGGCCUGCGCACCCUCAUCUUUGACGAGGCCGACCGCCUCCUCGAGCAAGGGUUCCGCCAGGACUGCGAGCGCAUCAUCUCGCACCUGCCCUCGCGCCAGUCGGCGCCCCGCCAGUCGCUCAUGUUCUCGGCGACGAUCCCGCCCCAGGUGCACCAGCUCGGCGCCAUCGCGCUCGCCAAGGGCUUCAAGUUCGUGUCGACGAUCCCGGACGACGAGCAGAACACGCACCAGGCCGUCCCCCAGUUCUCGCUCCUGCCGCCGUCGCUCCUCGACGUGUUCCCGCAGACGCUCGCCCUCCUGCGCGAGGAGAUCCGCGUCAACCCGGCCACCAAGGCCAUGGUGUUCCUCCCGACCGCGCGCGCGACCGGCCUCGUCGCGGCCCUGUUCAAGCGCGUCGGCCUGCAGCAGCUCGCGCCCGGGUUCGACACGUACGAGAUCCACUCGCGCAAGAGCCAGAGCCAGCGCAACGCGGCCGCCGAGGCGUUCAAGGUCGCCCAGGGCGGCGUCCUCUUCUCGUCCGACGUGACGGCGCGCGGCAUGGACUUCCCCAACGUGACGGCCGUCAUCCAGGUCGGCCUCCCGGCGUCGCUCGAGCAGUACGUGCACCGCCUCGGCCGCACGGCGCGUGCGGGCGCGACCACGUCGGCGCAGGGCAAGGGCAUCAUCGUCCUCGCGCCGUUCGAGGCCUUUUUCCUGCGGCGCCUGUCGUCGCUCCCGCUCCAGGCGCACCCGCUCGCCCAAUCGCAGCUCGCGCCGGGCUCGGGCCCGGUCGAGCAGGCGCGCGCCGACCUCGCGAGGGCGAGCAGCCAGGUCGACGACGAGACCAAGGGCCAGUUCUACGCCGCGAGCCUCGGGUUCUACAAGGGCUUCCUGCGCGACGCCUUCAGGGGCUCGGCGGCCGACAUGAUUGCCCUGUGGAACGACUUUGCGACCCAGUCGACGGGCGCGGGCGGGCUCGGGUGCGCCGAGGUGCCGGGCAUGCUCGCACAGACGGUGUCCAAGAUGGGGCUCAAGGGCACGCCUGGCAUCCGUCUCGUCAAGGAGCUCCCGGGCAAGGAGGGCGGCGGCGGAGGCCGCAACGGCGGCGGCGGCGGACGUGGCGGCGGCGGUGGUGGCCGUGGCGGCGGACGCGGUGGCGCUGGUGGUCGUGGCGGUCGCGGCGGUGGGCGCGGCGGUGCCGGUGGCCGGCCGUUCUGA